AUGCAACAACAACUUGAUCUCGGUCGCCAUGGAGUAAUUACUCGAACGAGACUGUUGACCUGGCUUCAGAGUUACUAUUGCGCACAAGAAGUGAUGAACCGAGUAAAAGCGGAGCGUACUAACAACCAGAUUGCUGUCGAAGUAAGCAAACCACCAGAACUGACCGAGAGAACUUCGUCUCGUAGCUCAAGUGCUCGUGUCGCGGCAUCAAAACUCUUGAUUUGCCAAGUAAAAACGGAUUGGGAUCAAAGAUACAACGAUCUCCUGUCUAAAGGCGUAUCCACCGAUGUGUUAACUACCGGAUCUGAGAUAUCAGGUAUUCUAGCGGAGUUUCGCCAAGCUGCCGAGGUAAUAGUGAGUGAAAUUGUAGCGGAGAUGACUUUAGAGGACGCGCACAAGACGUUGCAGCCUCAGAGUCUUGAUGAUGACGAGGUUUUCGCGACGGAUGGCGUUCAGCAGUAUAGCGCUCUGCUUCGUGUGAUGCUAAAGUUCCAACGGGACGGGUUACUGGUUUACUUGUGCUCUAGCAGCUCAUCAAGUGGUGCGGCACGUGAAAAGAAGCAAAAUACAGCAUCCAUAGCAAUAUUCCAUAGAAUGGUCGGCCAUCAAGUUCGUGCUGCGAGGACAAUACAUGAAGCCAUCGAGGAAACUAAGAACGAUCCACAAGCCAGCUCGCAAUAUAUUGCGCUACAGGUUCCCCUUCAGUGUAUAGUGGAUCAUCUUGGGUUCCGAGCCUUCGUUAUCGCAUCUACCGAUUCGGCACUAAAGAGCACGCGUCGGGAUUUGGGAAGUCAAGCCAAGAAAAAUCGCGUCAAGCGGCUCCAAGACCAGCUCAAACCUGUGUUUGACAAUCUCGGACUUCUCACAGACAGCUUACACACUCGAGAUGAGGAAAAAGAUGCUGCCACAACAAUUAGCACGGUCCCUGCCUUCUUUCCUGUCAGCGCUGGGUUUACUGUCGCGAUACGAGAUGGUGCAUCAGUUUUUAAGUUGCAGAAUCUGGCUGAUCUUAUCCCUGCCGAUGUAUCAAGCGAUGACCCUGAUUCAAUUGCUCGCGAAGCUUUGAUGUACAAGAUGCGCCCCGAAUUCGUUCGAAUGCAUGGGAACAACUUACCGCUUCACUCCAAUACCCAUAUUUCUAUUGAGCAAGAACCCUCUGUGGAGCAACGUGCUUCAACCAGAUCUCAACUCGAGGCACAGUUACUUCAGCAAUCUGCUAUAAGUGCGCAAGAGUGCUUGCACACCGUCAUCAUCCCGGAAUUUGUUGCAGAUCUGGAAAGCGGAACGACACAAGUGAUCGAUAGUAGGUCACUAACGCGAGCGCUGCACGGAGAAGGUAUUAAUGUGCGCUACUUAGCUUCUUGCUACGAGCUGGCAUCACUGAAGCACAUUCGUCGUGCUUUGCUCGCCGAGAUGGUAGCACGAGCUUGCAAGAUUGAGUUCAGAGCAUCACUGCGACUGAUUCUUCCUGAAGUUACAACAUCAAUCUUAAGGCAGGCUAAAGCUACAGGAAACAGCGAAAACGGCGACGCCAACGAUGGAGAUGACAACCGCAGCAUUGAUCCUGCGACAGCCCGAGCACUUGCGAAGAUGGCUCUGCAAGAGCAGGCCUCUCAUGUCACGUUGGAGUUUGUCAAUCUUGUUUUUGGUACCUCAUCUCGUGGCUCGAAAACGUUUUGGGAACGGAGGAUUCUACCGCAAGUCUAUGCCAAAUUCGGCAUUUCACAAAAAGCACUGAACUUGGAUACCAUCAUCAGCGAAGACUUGCUUCACAUGCCACAGUUGUUUCAUGCACUUCAAGCCCAGACGGGCGCUUACUUCAGCGACCACAUGAACUACAACUUUAAAGGCGCAGAGCCGAUUGCCCUCCAGAACAUACAAUGCAUCAGUCCUCGCACCACGCUGCUUGCUCGAACAACAGCAGCGUGCGAAAGAGUGCUGGAAAGUGCCGACGCCUUCCUGGCAGCGGGAGAACUCAGUAGCGCACUUUCAAGCAUCAUGUUCCAUAUCUACAUUUUGGAAACAGCUCCAAGUGAUGAACGCAACUUGUCGCUGUGUCACUUGUUAACGUGCGCUGCCAACAUAUCGCUGGCGAUGAACUUGCCCGACCAAGCGAAAAAGCUAGCAACGUUAGCGAUUGAGGAAUCUCCGAGUAAUCACGCGGACCUGACACGAGCGUACACAAUUCUUAUGAAGCUGAAACAUGCGUCAAGUGACUUGGCUGGUGCCCAGGAGUGCUUUACUAAGGCUUUAGAGCCUAUCCAGUGGCAUCUCGGACCAGUUCAUCCUCUGCUUUGUGACACAUAUAUGACAAUGACCGAAAUUCUCGGCGAUCUGAGUGAUCCGGGGCAAGCCGUAGAAACUCUACAGAGUUGCGUGACACUCGUGCGCGAUUGCUUUGGUAAGACUAGUCUUCUUUAUGCUGAUAUAAGACGACAGCAAGGGAUGCUGAUGCUGGCAGCAAACUCCAUCGACGGUGAGGCGGUUAUUGGUGUGUUUGAAGAUGCUCUCUCCGUGUACGAAAGGCACUUUCAAGAUCCCGUGGAAGACGUUUUUGUAUACAAAGCGUUUGCAGCGGAAUGCUGCUAUCUGUUGGCAAAUCUACGCACUCAAGUGCUUGGGAGUCAAGCUGCAGAAGCAGCAUAUGGAAUUGCGCUCACAGCUCUUGCUCUUCGUAAAGAAGUGCUUCCAGCCAACCACGAAGAGAUAAUGAAAUCAUUCAUGCAACUUGGGAGUUUGUCUCGAGAGCUAGGAGAGCAUUACCGAGCAGUGGAUUACUUCAAACCGGCACUUUAUAUUCUAAAGACCAUCCAUGACGACGAACAUAUCGACCAGAUUCGCAGCGUCACCCAAACGAUGCUUCAGCUGCAUCUUCGAACUCUAUCGCAUGAAAAGAGCAACAUCGUCGAUAGAACAGCAAAACGAUUCGAGCAGCAAUGGCCGCGCUUUGCGCUACUGUCUGCAAAAAUGACACCAGAGACGUCUGCCAUGCCUGCAUCAGACGAUGACACUAGCGAGGAGUCUGCGUUAUUGAUAUUCGUCAUGAAGAAGCUCUUCCAGCUCGAGCCAAUCGAGUACGUCGACCAGCUCAUCGAGAAGACAGACCUCGAGUUCCAAGACUAUCGAAAGCAGUACAACCUCAACUUCGCCGGUACGAUGCGUCGCAAUAAUGCAGACACACCAUCGCCACAGCGCGCAAUGCUUCGUUCUUCAAGCGGUCGAUUCGCUUCCUUCUCUGGCGCCGGGACAUUUUCGCAUCCGGGUUCCCCGCGUGCUCCUCUCUCCCCAAUGCGUCACCCCACUCUCUUCCCAGGUUCUCCUCGCGGUCGCACGUCCUUCAACCAACUAGACUGCAACUUUCUUAAAGCCAGCACCGGAGACUUCACCUUUGGCGCCCAACUAGCUGCCAUUCUCUUCCUUAUCGAUCAUCCCGCAUCCGAGGAAGAUACCAAAGUGUAG